UUUUCAUUUUGUGUCGCAUUCAUACACAUAAAUGCAAUACUUUCGUACAGAAUCUAUUGCUAGAUAAAUAUCUUGACUCUUUUCAUAACUUGUGUAUUACAUAACUUUGAGUGAAGUUUUCCAAACUCAGAAUAUAUUCAUAAUAAAAACUGUGUUCAUUACAUGAAUAUAAUGGGUUUUGAGAUGACCAGGUUUGAAUUACUAGUGGAACCGAAACAGUAUUACAGAAACGGCGAUCGAGUUAACUGUAUGUUAAUCAUAGAAUUAGUGGGACUUUUGAAAUGCAAACACAUAUUCAUUACAGCCAUCGGUGAAGUGAUCGCUAAACAAUCUCGUGAUCUGGGUACCACUCAGUUCAUGUCCAUUCCACUCAAUCUAAGAGAUUUAGUAAGAAAUGAUGUGUUGGAAACAGGUCUCUAUCGGAUUCCCUUUGACUUUUAUUUGCAAAAUUUACGUUAA